AUGGUUCGUCUCGGCAAUAUAGGAGGCAAGGCCUUGCGCCGCGUGCAAGAGCAAGCCGGCGUGAACGCAGUAAUCCACAAUCACCCCAAAGGCAUCGUCGGCAAGCCGGUUUACUUGCCUCAAUUCCGCGUCGCUCUCGUCCAUAACCCCAACAACUCCCCGAAAUACGCCCAAUUCCGCGUCCCCCUCAGCUUCAACAAGUUCGAUCUCCGCAGCUACCUAUGGAACCUCUAUGGUGUCGGUGUCCUCGGUAUCCGCAGCUACGUUCAGGCCCAGGGAAUCACACGAAUCACGCGCGACGGCAAGGGCUACGGCCCGUGGCGCCGGCCCAAGUCGCAGAAGCGCAUGACCGUUGAGCUGAAGGAGCCUUUCGCCUGGCCCGAAGCACCCAAAGAUAUGGCUCCCUUCGAGCACGAGAGCUGGAAGAAGGCUGAGCUCUGGCAGAAGGAGCAGCAGGAUAAGGAGAACCCCAAGCGCAACUCUGGCGAGGAACCCGAUCACAAGCUUCGUGCUGCCUACAAGGAGCAGGCUGAGGCUUUGCGUGAGAACAAGGAGACUUGGAGACCGACUUGGAAGGCUUUGGGCCUUGAGCCCCAUGAAGCUGCUAAAGCUGGCCGUAUUCCUCCUGCUACGCAGCCUGCUUGGUAUGCUAGACAGCGGAAGACUGGUCCGAAAUAA